GAUCGGGUGCUCUUUGAUUUAGUCAUUGCCUUCUAGAACAAAUGCAUUAGUUAAAUCACAUUUUGGAUUGUGGCUGGCUUGAUGUUGUCUCACCGUGGAGCUGCUUGAUGUGUGGUAGCACCACACAGUCAGAACCUGCUGGCCAACCUAGAGGCGGAAGAACCAGUCCGGGCGUUUAACGGGAGAUUCACGCAUUGUUGUCGAAAACCCGUUUUUCAAAGUUAUGGUUGCAGACUCCUCCUGUUGUUUUGCAAGAGAUAAGAUGAUAAGCCAGGGGUGCGUUAUCGAAGGCCCCCCUUCUCGUAGUGGGAGGGGUAACACGAUCACGCCAAGCAGUAGCUUCUGAUGACCCCUCCCCUGGAGAGCUGUGAGAUACACUGGCCCUUUGCUCUCGGCCUGUUAAGGCGCACUAACCAUAAUUAUCCUCGGUAACCUCUCCAGUAUGUAGCCCCGCCCACGGAGCCCAUGUCACUGACUCAACAUGGCUGAACUUCAGCUCUCGGCGGGGGCGGGUGGAUUAGAAUGAGAAGGACCCCGCCCUCCAGAGGGACGGACGUGGGAUGAGGCUCGAGCCGAGUCACCCUCUAUGGUGUAGGGGGUGGGUCAUGUGAGCGGCAGCUAGCUGCUGUGUGAUUCUGAGGCAAGUCGAAGAAGUUGGGCUGGGGGACGUGGAGAGAGUCUCUCUCUCUCUCUCUCUCUCACUUGCUCACCCGCACACUCUCUUCGGCACACACUGAGAGCAGGAAUGCACGAAACCACAAGUUUGUCUGGUGUCCGCGAUUGCUGUGUUCAGUGCUAUGUGGAGCCGCCUUGUCUGCGCUCUCCAGUGUGGAGAUCCUGAACCAGGCCGCUGUAGGAGGCCUCACACUCAAGUGGUGCCCUCUGGGUCUGGCAGCUCGCCUUCAUGGACACCGGCGCUAGCAGGGGAUGCACCCACAUGGGUAGCGUUGUGACUGAGCCUACACCUCACUGUCGCCGCCAAGGGUUUGCCGCUCGGUGGUCUCGGCGUGCGGCCUUGCCCCACGGCUCCAUGCGAGGUCCAGCUGCAGUCUCUGACAGAGCCCACACCAUCUCUCUCUCUCUCUCUCUCUCUCUCUCUCUCUCUCUCUAGGUAACGUGGUACCGGGUGUGCAGUACCGCAGACUGACACUAGGGGGUGGCGGGGUGCGGGGCCCGCGCCAGCUGUCGACUGAGAGCAGGGCCCUCUCCCAGGGAAUGCAUCAUGACCUCAGUGGUGGAAUACGUCGCCGCCGUGGAGAACCCGCAGCCGGAGGAGACGCAGGCUGAAGAGGAGUACCCGGCCGUGAUCGUGGAGCCCGUGCCCAGUGCCCACCUGGAACAAUGCUUCGCCGCGCAGGUGCUGGUGUAUGGCGACGAGACCUUCCUGAUGCAGGGCGUGGCCGAGGAGCAGGAGGUGGAGACAGAGGCGGUGGAGGCAGUGGAGGCCUCAGCCCACAGCAGCCCAGUCCAGUGUUCGGACAAGACCAUCGAGGCAGCUGAAGCACUGCUGCACAUGGACUCCCCCAGCAGCCUGAAGGGGGACCGCAGUCCAGACGUGUUCGUGCCGCCCUACGUGAACACGCCCGAACUCAUCCACGCGGCCAUGCGCCCGGACGUGAUGACGGAGACCGAGGUGGAGGUGUCCACGGAGGAGGCCGAGCCCAUGGAGCUGUGCACUGUGCUGGAGGCCCCGCUGGGCGAGCCCAUCAGGAAGAAGAAAGCGGGCCGGAAGCCGAAGACGCACCAGCCGGCAGUGUCCAAUGGCUCCCCGGAUCCGGGCGUCAAGAGGAAACCCCGGGAGGGUCGAGGUAACACGACCUACCUGUGGGAAUUCCUGCUGGACCUUCUCCAGGACAAGAACACCUGUCCCAGGUACAUUAAGUGGACGCAGAGAGAGAAGGGCAUCUUCAAGCUGGUGGACUCCAAGGCAGUAUCCAAAUUAUGGGGCAAACACAAAAACAAACCAGACAUGAACUACGAGACCAUGGGCAGAGCCCUAAGGUAUUACUACCAAAGAGGCAUCCUGGCCAAAGUGGAGGGCCAGCGUCUGGUGUACCAGUUCAAGGAAAUGCCCAAAAACAUCGUGGUGAUUGACGACGACAAGUCGGAUGGCGGCGGAGGUGGCGAGGGGCUCCUGGGCACUGAGAAGCAAUGUGGUGGCCGCGUGCCACCCUCCUCCGAGGCUCUGCUGACUGUGCCUGAGCUGGCCAAGGCCCCUGGCACGCUAAGGGGGGGUGGCCGGCCGCCUGCACACGCCAGCCCUGCCAGAGGAAAAGGGGUGUUCUCAGCGGCACCCAGCACACGGAUAGUCACGCUGACGGGAGUCGCAGAGGCCCCCCAGGGCCAGCAGCAGACCCAAGGGGCCAGCCUCCCCCCUGCCUCUGGGCCCAGGACGGUGCGCGUUGCCAUGCAGGUGCCAGUGGUGAUGACCACGUCGCUGGGCCAGAAGAUCUCCACGGUGGCGGUGCAGUCAUCCAACUCGCCUGUCACCACCAGUGGUGGCGGUCCGGCCAAGGUGGUCCUCCAGACCAUCCCCACGGUGGUGCCUGCUGUGGCCGAGAACGGAGAGAAGAUCACCGUGCAGCUGGCCAAGAUCAUCACCAUCCCCGCCGCACAGCUGGCGCAGUGCAAAGGCGGCCUGGGAGCCUCUUCUGGCCUUAACCUAGUGGGGACGCCUUUGGCGGUUCAGGCACUCACGCCCGUGUCUGUGGCCCCGGGGACACAGGUGGUGCGACUGGCGGUGCCCUCGCAGCAGCAGUCGGCAGGCAGCCAAGUCGGGGUGCAGGCCGCCACACAGCUCAUCAGCGCCAUCGUGAGGCAGGCCGACCUGAAGCGGGAGGGCGUUAGCCAGACCCUAAUCAGGAUGCAGGACUCUAAAGUUCAAGAGCGGGCGGCAGCCAUCCCUUCCACGGUGAAAGAGGAAUCCCCAGAGAGCUGAGAUGUGGGGGUCUGGGGGGGGGGGGGGGCGGGACUGGGGUAUGACGUCACUCGACGGCUCCGAUCCUGCGGGCAGCCAGAGACUGUUGUGCUCACUGGCCGGAAAUACUGGUCUUGAUGAGCUUAAUUGUACAUCUGCUUCACAUUUCAAUUAAAUUUUGUAUAAUACAGUCAGAGUGACUUUAAACACCGACGGACUUGACAAGACCCUGUUUUUUUUUUAAUAAAAAUUUCCCACAAUUCUACGUGGGAGUUUCCACCACGAUUUCAUAUAAGAAGGAUUGGGGGGUGGGGGGGGGGGGGGGGGGGCGCAACUUGAGCAGAGGAAUUGAGGCAUGAAAAAAGGGACCAACCCAACACUAUAAUUACUGACACUAUGUAUACUGAACACUAGCGGGCAAUCAGUGAAAUCGAACUCGUAGGGAAGUCAAGUUAAACACUUUGUAUAAAGGGUUGUUUUUUUUGUUUUUUUAAAUGAUGAAACCAGCAGUUUGACUAUCACUGUGUGCACAUUGUAUCCAUGGGUGCUACGCGACCCUUUCGGAGGGUCCUCCGGAGGGUUAACAUGCUGAUUUUCAGCAGCUUGGAAGGAGGAAGUGAAAAGGGACUUUGUAUAUAUAUCUCCUAUACAGUUUAUAACAUUUCGAAGCAGCCUUAGAUUGAUCUAUUUCCCCGCUAUCUUCAGGUAAAUAAGCUUUUUGUGUACAGCCGAUUUCCUUCCUUUUUUUUGUUUUUUUGAUACCUUGUACCAAGCGCAGUAUUAUUCAGAAACGACAUUUUUAGUUCGAUGUCUGUUGACAUUGCAGCUUACGCAGACCUCGCUGUGAGUCCGCCUGCUGUAUAGCCUCGGCAUCUCUUCGCUGUUUGUUUUUCUGUCUUUCUGCCAGUUUAAAGGAAAAAAAAAAUCAUUUUAGCAUGAAUCUUUGCAGCUCCUGCAGCUCUACAUUUUCUUGCAUUUAUUUUUUAAGUUGAGGGGGAGAGAUGUUCGCGUUCAGACUGAACUAGUUUGUAUAUUCAACAUUUGAAGUAUAUUCUAUUUUGUUGUACUCUUGUUUCAAAGUGUAUUCAAGUAGAUUUUACUGAAAUAUAAAAAAAAAUUAAACGAUUUUGUCUUUCA